AUGUGUCCAGUUCCUCUGGACGCAAGGCACCGGGUUCUGCGUGACAAGCUAAACGUCUCAUUGUGCAAGCUACUGGUGACCGUCCAGGUUUGUCUUUCCAAAGACGAUUGGCAAUCAAUCCUACCUUACAUUUGGCGUCACUAUGGGAUCGAUUUGGCAUGCCACGCACCAAUGUCGUUCCUUCUCAUGAAGUGUGGUGAGAACACAUCGACUCAAAUCCGAGUCAUUAUCCUUUCGGAUCUGUGCUCGCCGGAUGUGAAAAUACGACGACAAGCCUUGAACAAACUCUUCCGAUUGUAUGGUUGGCGAUAUUCCGUCCUUUCACAGCAAGUCAUUUCAGAUCGACGUGGUCCAAUAUUCCACUUUUCCAAUCGUAAUGUUGAAUUUGUUGCUACAGAAAUCGGUUCUUCACAAUGGUCACAACCUGCAGAGCACGAUGCGGCUUUACAGAAGUACGGUAACAAUCUACCCCUUGAACUCAGACAACGAUUAUUAGAUCUUGGAUGGAGCGAAGACACAGCUAUGAUGACCGGAAAGAACGACACUGAUCGAAUGCCUAUUACACUACUUCCUUCUUUACGACAACAGAACGAGACCUAUGCAGGAAACAGAUCACCCUCUCCGUCACGUCCUAUGCUGGGAAGAAGUACUUCUACCGGGUCAGCAGGUAGUAUGCACACAAAACGACGAAAAGCUGUCUUUGCACCUAUCUUCGCCAGCCUGGUCAGUGAACAAGCGACGAUGCUCGCGCGGGACAGUGACGGUAUCGUCGUACAGCAGUCGCGCGAAUUGAUACAGUGGAUACAAAGGGAUGAUGCUCAAAUUCUCACUCGGACGUUUACCAACAAUAUCGAUGAUUUCCGCCUCGCCUUAGCUCAAUUGAAUGCAAUGUUCACUACUCUCACUCCGUCUUUCGCUCAUUCGGCGUUCAACAGUAUUGUCGGUUAUCUGAAAAGUACUCUACGCUCGAAUCCCCAUUUUCCACACUACGCCCAAGCGCUGAUCACCCUCGCUCGUUUAGCCCCGCAUGUGUCUGAACUAUCUCUACGUGAUAUUCGACGAAAUAGGGCUGAACUUGUUCUUCUCCCUGCCUCAAUCCAUGAAGAAGGUACCGGCGGUGGGUUCAAUCUCCAUCCGCCAUGGCAAGCACCUGUUCUCGAUGUUCAAACGGCUCAAUUGCUACUUCUCCGUCAAAUCCUUCGGGUCAGUCCGAGAGAGGUGUAUCUUUUCAAAAAGAUGUUAUCAAACCUUAUGAUUCAAGCCAGUCUUCCAUCCGUUCACUUUUCUCGCUCUUGGUUUCUCCUCAUCAUUGAAUUGUUCCAAACUGUCAAUCGCAAUUAUACCGACCGAGCUGAACUGAGACACUUUCUCACCAAUGUUGGUGCGAUUCUCAAGCAUCAUCCUACCGAUCUCCCGAUAAUCUCACAAGCUAUGAGAGUUUUUAUGCUCUGUUCCGCUCGAUUCAGACGAGUUUUUGCUUCUGUGGGAUUUAAUACAAUCAUGAGACCCUUAUACGAAGUUUACGCUGUGGGAUCUUCGACGAUUCGAGACUGCAUAGAAUAUGCCAUGAGAAGUUUUUAUCGCAUUCAUCAAGAUACUUUAGUAUAUCAAACAUGUGUCACUUUGUCCGAAGGAGAAUACAAUGCUUCAGCUGUGUAUUCACUUCUCGCCUGUUUGUCCAUCACCAAUAAUCCUUUCAGUGGGGUGGCAUCAGGAACAAAGGGAUUAAAUGAUCAAGAAGAAUUAUCAGCUUUGGUACAAAUGAUUAGCGGACCGGAAAUUGCUUUGACGGAAAUUGGUACGACAGAAUCUGAAAGACUUGCCAUCAAAGUCGCAGGAGUGACUUUGGAAACGAGUCCAUUCCCUCAGAUUAAUAUUAUACGAUUACUCGUCACUGUCAUUGCUGCCAAUCCCGCUACUCCAAGAUCAGCCAAUUUUCUUCGUCUUUUCUCUGCCAUCAUUCCUCAUAUCUCCGACUCCCCAAGCAAAGAGCUCACUCGAGAAGCUGUGGAGGCUUUAGGGACUGUGAUAGCUAAAAAUCGUAUUGGGGACGAGACUGCAAUUCAAGCAUUUCAUCCUGGUGAAGAUAACGCCAACCUCGAUUGGAUGAAAGCCAAAUUGGAAUAUGUCAUGUUAAUUGAAUCAUUUGCUAAAGCUGGUGGAUCUCUGGAAGCUAAAGCGACAAAACGAACGUUAGAUAUGGUACUUGAUCUAUUGUCUAAAUCCCCUCAAUCGGUCGGACCAGCAGCGGCGUCUAUAUUACGCGAACUUGCCAAAACUCAUCUGACGUCCAAUCGACCAAUUACUUUUCUUCGUGAUAUCGCCCCUAUGUUCCGAAUGUUUGUCGCUGUUGUAGACUUUUCAGGUCUUCUGGAUUCCAUCACCGAUCUUAUAGAACGUUCGAAAUACAAUCUUGACCGAGAUCUGGCAAAUACAAUUAUCGACAAUUAUGUUUAUCCAUCAAUUCGAUUACUCGCUUCGGCAUCAGAAGAUAGAAUGAUUUUCGUCGUUCCAUUACGUCGCAGUGCGGUCUCUCUCUUUAUCUCUUCUAUAUUCCUACGUGGCGACGCUAUCGGUGCUAUCGAACGACAUUCACCGAAUGCCAACUUUCUGGCUGCCGUGAUACUCCCUUUAUGUCUUCGUCUGGAAAAACCAGAUGAUCUUGAACGUGAAUCGGUUUAUUGUGGAAUAUGGAUCCGAAUAUUAAGGUUCAUCAUUCCUCAUCCUUCUUCCAAACCGUCACUUUCCCCAACCACCGAGGAUAUCAGAGAAACAUCAGCUAAAGUGAUUCUAUCGUUUCAAAUACUCAAGAUCGCCCUUUUACGUGCCCCAGAAGCUAUAUCACAAAUCAAAGGAUUAUGGUUGUAUAUUUCCGAUUAUAUACUUCGAAAUGUCAAAGAAGCAAAAGCAGAAUUCAUCGAAUCUACCAGCCUACAAACUUCCCUUCGAGUAGUGGAUUAUUUAGCAUGGACAAUAUUUGAAAUCCUCACAAUCUCUUAUUCUCCUCUACUCAUCCAUCUUCGUAAUCGUAUACAAGACGCUUUGGUCUCUAUACAUGAUACAGAAGUUCAUUCUAGAGUUUCUUCACCUGGAGAAGGUUUACAUUCCCGUUUACCUUCUUUCUCUCAUUCAACAUAUAGAGCUAGACUUCAUUCUAGAACAUCUUCUGCUAUUCAUCAUCUCAGAAUGCCAUCUUCUUCCAUUUCACAUACAAAAGAACAAGAAACCCCCAGUCCAAUUUUAGAUAAUAUAGGGACAGAUACAUUACGUAUACCAUCACAUACACGUGUACCAAGUCAACAUUUGACACCUAUACUGGGAUCACAUUCACGUCAAGUUUCAUCAUCCAGACCAUCAUUCACUGAACUAUCAACCAGGCGCGUUUCUCGUCCUCCCCUCGAACCAUUCAAUCGAUUUACAAAUCAAAGUUUAGGAACGACAGAAAAUGGUGUAGGAUUGAAUUUGAUGUAUAGAUUCCCUUCUUCUACUCCUACUCCUGUUCGACCGGAAGGAGGAAAAGGAGGUGCUAUAAUACAUCUUUUAUCACAACCAAUAACAUCUGAAUCUGACACUGAUGAGAAGAUGAGGAAGGAUCCGACAAAGGAAGCAUCGAGGAUGACUUUGAAUCACGAGGUAUUGAUGAGAGAAGCGAGAAAGGCGGUUAGAAGAGUAAUGUUACUUUUUGGUUGGCCUGUCGAAUUGGCGGACGAAGAGGAAGGAAUGAGGAAUAUAUUAAAACAAGAUACUUUGCUCGGGAUCAGCGAACAGUCGAGAAUCUUCAUCGAUCAAGAAUUCCGCGAUGUAUUCUAUCCUUCUCAGUCCUCAAAUAUAGAAACCAAAAUCAAACGUGAGAAAGAGAUGGAAAAGAGUACACCCAAUGGCAAGAUAUAUCAACCUAGGAAAAGCGGAAUGAGCGUUUCUACCAUUUCAGAUGAUAAGGAUAUGAACGGAAAGGUUUAUGACUAUGACGAGAAACACUCCUCACCUCUGUUACCUGUUUUAAGUGUAUCACCAGCAACUGGAUGA